CCUACAGCCACUUCCGUGCUCAAGCGUCAUUAUUUCGCAAAAGGAGAAAGGCCGGUGGAGGAUUCCCAGAGUGAUAAUGGCUACCUGCAGCCUGGCAAACGAGAGAUUACGCGCUCUGGAAGACAUCGAGCGAGAAAUCGGCGCCAUCCUUCAAAAUGCAGGUAACGUGAUCCUGGAACUGUCCAAGGAAAAAACCAAUGAGCGGCUCCUGGACCGGCAGGCGGCGGCCUUCACAGCUUCAGUCCAACAUGUGGAGGCAGAGCUGUCGGCUCAGAUCCGCUAUCUCACGCAGGUGGCCACAGGGCAGCCCCAUGAGGGCUCCAGCUACUCUUCAAGAAAAGAUUGUCAGAUGGCCCUGAAGCGAGUGGACUACGCCCGCCUCAAGCUCAGUGAUGUGGCCCACACCUGUGAGCAGAUGCUGGAAAACUAG